UCGUGGCGGCGAGGUUGAAGCUUGCAGCUAGUUAGCUAUGCCAUCGAGUCUUUCUCCCCUUCACCGAACAGAGGCUUUCUUCAAAUUCAAAGGGAAAAAAAUCCUCCUUCCCCUUCAAUCCAAUCGAGAAAACCCUUGUUCGGCUAGUCAAGCGAGGUCCUGGUGCCAUCGCAGGGCGUUGUUGCGUGGUGAAUAAAAUACCGGCGAUUUCACCCCCCACCCCGUUCUUCCGAUAACGUUCGACCCCUCUGUCUGCCUCUCUGAUCUCUCACUCUCGCCCCCCCCCCGAUCCGCCCUGCCAGCGAUGCAGCAGCAACCCGCGCCGCUAACCCGUGCGCCGCUCCCUGUUCCUUCUGGCCCCGGAGUGCAACCACAGCAGCAGCAGCAGCAGCAGCAACAGCAACCAGGCCACUCCCGCAAUCCUUCAGGCUUCGAAAUGGCCGCCCGCAGCCCUCCCAACCACAGCAAUACCAAGCAUGUGCCCUGCAAAUUCUUCCGGCAGGGUGCUUGUCAGGCCGGCCCUGCCUGUCCGUUUCUGCACUCGACCGACGCCGCUGUAGAAUAUGCCCCGUGCAAAUAUUUUACCAAGGGUAACUGUAAAUUCGGGGCCAAAUGCGCGCUGGCGCAUAUUCUACCGGACGGCCGGCGAGUGAACCGGCCCAGCGCGGGCUUAGGAAUGAACGGCGGCCAUCUCAAUCUCGGGGGCCGUGUGAACCCCCAGGCGUACCUCAACCAAGACUCUGCCUUGACAAAUUCGGUGCUCUCGCAACAGCGAUUGAACGGACACGAUCCGCGGUAUGGUGGCCAGCACGCAGCGCAGGACGAAUACGCACCCGCACACGGAAACCCACAGCCGGCCUACGACGCGAUCCCGACGAUUGAUACCGGGUUUGCUUCGGAGGCAGGGUCGAAGUAUGGAUCGCCGGUCGAUGAGAGCCGACUGCCCUUAUCGCCGAAUCGCCACCUCACCGCGCUCGAUGCACCUCUUCCCGCGUCCUUUGACAGCCAGGGCAUCUCGCAUGCUGCUCGCUACGGCCCUGUGGCGGCGUCGAUGCCGUCGAAAUUCGGGUUGGAUCUCUCGUCACCGCCGCCUCCGGUACAGCGACCGGGAGGUCCCGUGGACGCCUUCCGGAACAUUCGCGAUGUGGCCUACGGCUCUGAGCUGAAGAAGACGCCUUCCUUCAUGGGCUCAUCCCCGCCCCCGAUCCCUGAAGAUACGAUGGGUCCUAGGUUCCUCCAUUCGCAACGGUCUGUCAAGCCUCGGAUAUUCUCGGCGAGUGUUCCUCGGCCCACCGCGCUGGAUGAUUGGGAGGAUGGAAACUUCCCCAUGGAAGAAGACUACCUGCCGAUGAACCUUCAUGAUGAUGUCCUUACUCCACAGGAAAAGCUGCGGCGUCUCUCGCGUACAGACCAUGAGUUCAGCUCCAGCCACCGGGAUCUCAGUGGUCUCGGUAUGACCAGCACCAGCCUUUCUAAAAUGGGCUCUCCUCUAGCAUCUAGCCCGUCGCGGUUCGGUGCAUUGUUUGCAAAGCAACGGCAAAAGAAGGAGGAAGAAGGCCACGGUUCCUCCUUCACCCACAUUGGCUCUCCUCUACGCGAGUCUUCUUUGAACCUGAACCUUGGAACCAGUCCCAGUCUAGGUGCCAUUGGCAGUCGGCAGUUUUCGGGAGAUGUUUCGCCAUUUGUCUCUAGUCCUGCUCGCCAGUCUUCCAUGUCUAUGAUCUCGCAACAACUUAACGGCAUGUCGCUCCAUCCAGGCUCUGUCCGCCAUUCUUCGACAGGCCCCAAUAGCCGCCUCGACCGCACAAUUUCUUCCCCGGUCAGUACUAGCAGGAUUGAUGAGGAGCAAAGCGACUUGGUUUUCUCUAUGGAGGAAGAAGAGAGUAACAAGCGGAGCACCGACUCCUGAAGCAACAACAAGACCGACUCCAACAAUAACGAGAGACCUCCCCCGCUAACGCUCUGGAUUU